GAUAAAUAUGUACAAAUUAUAAGAAAUACAAAUAAACAUCUUUUCAAUCAUCUGAUCAUGUAAUAUAUGUUAUUGUAAAGAAUAUUUUUGACUAGACGUUUGGCAAUACUGCUUAUGGUACAUUUUCGUACUUUAUCCAGCAAAUAUUUAAAGAAGAGGUGGUUCUUGUCUUACUUCACCUUGGUGACACGAGAUAAUAAAUUUAAACAACCAUGGCGUUAUGUUAUACUAGACUUAUUUGUCGACGAGGUAUUGGUUUUCAACAUUUUCGAGGUUUAUUUACAAGCAAUUCACUAACUACAUCAUUAUCACAACCAGUAUGUGCUAACAGUAAUGUCUGUGAAACAUAUGAUGAAAGGAAUAUGCGUCUUAAGAGACCAAUGUCACCACAUUUGACUAUUUAUCAAGUGCAAUUAACAUCAUUGCUUUCUAUAUCUCAUCGUACAACUGGUAUAAUAUUGUCAAGUUAUGCUAUGUUUUUAGGACUUGGUACUCUAUUCGUACCAGGUGGAAUACCUUGUGUUAUAGAACUCAUAAAUGAAUUAAAUUUACCCGUAGCUUUACUCUUUGUAAGUAAAACAUUACUUGCAUUUCCUGCUACGUUUCAUACAUUCAAUGGAUUUCGACAUUUGGCUUGGGAUUUAGGAAUGUUUCUGACAAUUAAACAAGUAUAUUCAACGGGCUAUGCUGUAACUGCUUUAGCAGCUAUUUCUGCCAUUGUUUUAGCAGCUUUGUAAAAA